CCUUUUCUCCCCUGUAUAAAACGUCAUCGUUUAACAUGAUGCUCUCUGUCUCGUCUUCCUCUCUCUCUCUCUCUCUCUGCGAAAAAUUGUCCUCGCAGCUUCGAUAGCGGACGCCAUUAAAGCCUCCUUCCUGCAGGAUCGUUAUUGCUGACACCAAAAAUUUGAUUAUAGUAGCUCUCUAUCGAACUACAGCAAUCACCGAAAAUCAAGGGUAUUGAAUUGAAAAAAAGGAGGGAAGAUGGGAGCAUUUGCAUCAAGGUUUUGGUUCAUGUUGUUUCCAGCAAAGGAGUACAAGAUUGUGGUAGUUGGAUUAGAUAAUGCAGGAAAGACAACUACGCUUUACAAAUUGCAUUUAGGGGAGGUUGUAACUACUCACCCUACUGUUGGUAGCAAUGUUGAAGAGCUUGUCUACAAGAAUAUUCGAUUCGAGGUCUGGGAUCUUGGCGGACAAGAUAGGCUCAGGACUUCAUGGGCAACGUAUUAUCGUGGAACUCAUGCUGUCAUAGCGGUGAUAGACAGCACUGAUAGAGACAGGAUAUCCAUUAUGAAGGACGAAAUUUUUAGGCUGCUGGGACAUGAUGAUUUACAACAUUCUGUUAUACUGGUCUUCGCAAAUAAACAAGACCUCAAGGAUGCCAUGACACCAGCCGAGAUUACUGAUGCUCUUUCUCUUCACAGCAUCAAGAAUCAUGAUUGGCAUAUCCAAGCCUGUUGUGCCCUUACAGGGGAUGGUCUGCACGAUGGUCUAGGGUGGAUUGCUCAAAGAGUUACUGGCAAAGCACCAAGUUGAAAGCAAGAAGAGUGAUCUCUGAAGCGUUUAUUUGUUUAUUUUUCAAAUGUGUAUCUGUUGUGUAUCAUCUAACCGUACUCAAUCAAUCCUGCAGAGUGUUUCUACAUUUGCUUGUCUUAAAGAAUGUCAUAUUUUGCGCAAUGAAACAUUUCCUUUACUGAA